AGCCGUAGGCGCGCGCUGCGCUCGGGUAUAAAUUGGGCCCAGGACCCAUCAUUCGGCACUCUCUCAGUCGCUCCGACUCGGGAACCAGAGCAUCAGCGGAGAUAGCAAGGAAUCAGUCUCUAAACUCCUUAGGCUAACUCGCUCUCGACUUUGGUUCGGAAUGGAAACAUCAACUUUUACGCGGAGCCAACGCAGCUCCAUUGCGCACAACUUUAAGAGCGCGCUCUCGCUCUGGCUGGUUGUCUGGCUGGUCGUGGUAAAACCCGUUCCUGCGCAGAACUGCCCUCACCGGUGCGUGUGUUACCCGACCCCCAUGACAGUAAGCUGCCAAGCGCAGAACUUCACCAUUGUGCCCCACGGCAUGCCCUACGAAUCCCAGCGCGUUUUUCUGCAGAACAACCGCAUAACUGAACUGAGAGUGGGGUCUUUUGCUUUUGGAACACAGGUUUUGUGGCUCUUCUCUAACAACAUCACCUGGAUUGAGGCUGGUGCCUUCAGCGAGCUGCGCGAUCUGGAGGAGCUCGAUCUGGGCGACAACCCUCACCUGCACCGUCUUGAGGGUGGAGCUUUCCGGGGCCUGGAGAAGCUCCAGAGCCUCCACAUGCACCGCUGCCGGCUUGCUGCCCUUCCCCAUGACAUUUUCCACAAGCUCUACAGCCUGCAGUUCCUCUACCUGCAGGAGAACCAGCUCCACUUCAUCCAGGACGAUCUCUUCUCUGACCUGAUCAACCUCAGCCAGCUCUUCCUGCACGGCAACCGCAUCCGCACUCUGUCCGAGAACGUGUUCCGUGGCCUGGUCAACCUCGACCGUCUGCUGCUGCACGACAACAGGGUCCGUCAGGUCAACCGCCGCGCUUUCCGCGAUCUGGGCCGGCUGACCAUGCUCUUCCUCUUCAACAACUCCCUAGCAGAGCUGCCCGGUCAGGCCAUGCGUGACAUCUCCUCCAUCGAGUUCCUGCGGCUGAACAACAACCCCUGGGCCUGCGGCUGCGAGGCUCGUCCCCUGUGGGAUUUCUUCAGAGGCGUCCGUGUGUCCAGCUCCGAUGUUCUGUGUGCCUCCCCAGCUUCUCGUCGUGGACAGGACCUGCGCUUUCUGAGGGAGAUGGACUUCGCUCUGUGCCCUCUUCCCGACCCCAGCUCCCUCUCUGGCACCACCACCACCACCUUCAGCACCAAGACCCGCUGGUGGUUCUCCAAGCACAAGCCCGUCAGCACUUCAAAGGGCAUCUUUGAGAAGACCUCCGAGACCAAGGCGUACCCCUUCAAGUCCCAGCAUCCCUCAAUCACAUCUACAUCCACAAAAUAUGAGCUUGGGGAGGAAGAGGCUCUUCUUCCCAAGCUUGACCCAGAAGAGUAUUGGGCCAACUAUGGCAAUGAAGAUGCGGGCAUCACCUCUUUGCGCUGCUUUGAGCUUGAGUGCCCUCCCGAAUUUGACUCUCUGCCACCAUCUUCCUCUACUUCUCGCUCCUGCAUCUUCUGUUCUCUUGCUACUCUCCAUGUCUGUCUUGACUGUCUGCAUCCAUCUUCCUUUUUGGCUGAAUCUGUUUAACUCAAGAAGAACCCUCUUCCCCCUCAUUUUUUCUCCUCUCUGGAGGAGGGAAAACCCUGUUUGCUCAAUUUAACUCUUGAAUGCCUUGAUUCCUGUUUACUAUCAGCCUCACCUGUAUCUCUGUUCUGUUCAGUUCGAGCCUCUAGUUCCUAGUAUCUAGAGGGCACUAGACUGAUUUAGGAUACAGUGGGUAAACAGGGAACGUUGGGCGGUACAGGCCCUUAAUGGAAAGUAAUGAAAGCUGUUCAGAGGGCUUGGUUAAGUUAAGCAGAUACUCGGUCCUUCUUUUUUUGAGGACAAGUGUAUUCUAAGCCGUCUCUGUCACAGUCAGUGCAGACAGAGGAUAGAAAUUUCCAUCUUAGGUUUACGUACAAUAUUUGUAUACUUUUAGACUUUUCAGCCACUCUAAGUGCUUCUAUGAUAGUUGUAAUUAUAGCUUGUGAUGUCACUAUUUCCAACAACGCCACAGCUCCAUUAUUUCAGUAGUUAGUUGGUAACAAUAGCAAAAUGAGCAAAUCUUUUGAUUCCCUUUGGAAGCAGCGAUCGAAUGUAAUACUUCGUCUAUUAUAACAGAAGGGUCUCAAAAUCAUUCAGGGCUUGAAAAGCACAAAAGGAAUGGCGUGCAGCAGCGAAGCAAGAUAGAGAAAGCACAAUGGAGUGAUGAGUUUGAAAGUGUUGCAAUACAACCAUAAUUUAAGAUGCACGGAGAGCGCGAAAGCACACGCAGAAGAGACAGAGAGCACGCACAAGAAAAGGCGAAAGAAUUGAUUACAUCACCCACCAGAUAUGACAGCAAUUAUCACUUGUGUAAAUAUGACAUCUUGGCAGAGGGAGCUGUAAAUAAUGCUAUGAAAGGCCUUAUGCUUGUCACUGUUCUGAAUGGCCAAGAAUGUCACUGUGAGUAACGUCUGUGAUAUCAUUUGGUCAGUGCAUGGAAAGAUCAAUCUGAGUGUGAAUGUCCUUUUUUACUGUAUGUCUUUCAAAAUACUGUUAAUAUGUUCUUACUGUAAAAUACACUACCUACAUUGUUCCAAGA